UGAGAUGUCAUGCGUCUAUUUGGAGUGAAAUAAGUUCAUAAGUGAUACAAAGUUACAACUUUCAAGUCUGCAUUUAGAGUCUGUUUGUUAGUCUAGAAAGGAAGUUUAUUAUGAUUGAAUAUGAAAUGUCAACAUCCUGCCUAUCCGGUAUUCUCUUUCCUGGACUAGUUUUGAUCAAGUGCAGUCAGAGUAGUUAGACUCCACACCCAGUGUAUAGAGAGUGGGUGAGGGUAUACAGUGGUUGGUUGAUGGAACAGACAGGGUGAGAGGACAACACAGCGGUAACCCAUGACAACCAGCUGCUCAAACCGCUCAAGACCUAGCAGCCAUGUUGGGUGUCAGCAGGUAACCAUCGCACGCUUGGCCUCGGGGUCGCUCGCCCAAGCUUCAUGUGAUUGUGGAGUCUUGUAUGCAAUGCAAGCAUUUACACGGAGCAAGGCAUCUUGAGAGUGAGAGUUAUAAUUUUUUUCUUGACCUGGUCGAUGGAGUAGAGACUACACGUCACGCUCCCCAUCCCAACAUCCAUGCUGGUAUCAUCUUGGCUGCAACCUUAUCCCUUACCCUUGGAUGGUUGUAUGACGACGACUCGGGUGUUAUCCCGCCAUGGAAGCAGCACCUACGCCACUUGAAACGGUGGGAUCGGAAUUAGACACGACCAUGAGCGUGGCGGAGUCAGAUAUCAACCUCAGCUCAGCCGGUGAUACUUCCAGCACCACGGACUCCAACGCUGGGAUAUCAUUACCCGUGCCCACCAGCUUGAUAUCGAAUGUAGAUAACCCAACAUGCAGUAAAAGCAAGGAAGUGGAGUGCCUCAAUUCGCAGUUGAACAAUCAGCACGGAGUUAUCUCGGGUGGUGCCGGGAAUGGCGGGCCUGGUAUCCUCUCUUUCUCCGCCCAACAAGUCGUCUGCGUCUGUGAGGCGUUGCGACAAGAAGGCAAUAUCGACAGAUUAGCAAGAUUUCUUUGGACGUUACCUGCUGACGAGACUCUCCAGAAUGAUGAGACGGUGUUGCGAGCACGCGCUGCGGUGGCAUACCACCAGGGCCAUUAUAGGGAACUCUACAACCUCCUCCAAAACCAUAACUUUAACCCAGCCUUCCAUACAGAACUCCAGGACCUGUGGUAUCAAGCCCACUAUAAGGAAUCUGAAAAGUUACGGGGUAGGCCCUUGGGUGCCGUGGACAAGUAUCGCAUUAGGAGGAAGCAUCCACUUCCAAGGACUAUUUGGGAUGGGGAGGAGAUGGCCUAUUGCUUCAAGGAGAAGUCGAGGAAUAUGCUGAAAGAAUGUUAUAAACAAAACCGGUACCCCACGCCGGAUGAGAAGAGGAAUCUGGCAAAGGUGACAGGACUCACCAUGACUCAAAUUAGUAAUUGGUUCAAGAAUAGACGACAAAGAGACAAGUUACCUAUGUCACUCAAAGGGAAUGGUGAUGGUGAAUAUAACAACGGCAAGGAUUCUCCAAACGGAGAUUUUUCUCUUGAUGGUGAGAAUGAUGGGUCUCGGAUUGGACCAGAUGUCGGUCAUCAUGGGGUCAGUAGGGAUCUGAGGCCAUCUAAUGGAGUAGAUACCAUGUUGGGUCACCAGCAGUCGGGUUCUGGUAUAACCGUGAUAUCGUCAAGCUCGGGCGGUGUUACCACAAAUACUGUCACCGAUCUCCUGCACCCUCAGGCCGUGAAGGUUGAACCUCCAGAACCCAUAGAUGAGAACAGGGGAGCACCACCGAACAUGCACGAACCACCAGACCUCGCCAAUCUCACCGAUGCCACCGGGCUUCAGGGGUUCAAAUUUGUGCCGGAGAUGCUGCUACCACAGAUGCUGCCUUUGGCCUUAGCAUCAAGUAAAGGUGAUAUCAACAUGAACCAUGCUGCUCAGUUAGCAACCAUGUCAAUGAUAAUGAAUCCUAGUCUCCUCUCAAACCCAGCCCUUAACCUAUCAACAGCCAACAACAAUAAUAACAGCAUGCCCGGCAUGGCAUCGAUCGCAUCCCUUCAACAACAUCAGCAACACCACCAUCAUCACCACCACACUCCAGAGCCACAUCAUCAGCAACAGCAACAACAGGAGCAACAAGACGUGUCGGCACACAAUACAGCAACAACGUUAAGCAGUAUUCCUACGAUGGUGUCGGCAUCCAGUGCGUUAAGCGCUGUGCUUUCUCAACAAGCUGCGACGGCGGGAACAGGAUUUCCCGCCAAUUUCGCUGGUCGUCUGCCGUCCGCCAAUGAAAUGCUGAACAGCGCGGCGAUGGCCCUUUCUACUUUAUCAGCUAACGCCAAUGGUGGUGGAGCAGGACAUUAUGCUUCAGAAUAAGGUGAACACUUUCAUCGAUUUUAAAGAAAAGAGUUUAAACAAUAUUUCACUAUAUAAUAAUAACUCCUUAAUUUUUGUCAUCUUUUCAUGUUUUCGUCACCCUUCCCCUGUUCGAAUGUCGUUUUCUUGUUGUGGUCUUUGAUAUAUGAUAUCCCCUCUUGAAGAUCCAGUCAAUGUUCUGAGCCAUAGGCGCAUGUGGAUUAUAAUCUCAUGGGAAGGAAAAAGAUUGGAACACAGCUUUAGAAAUUAGGUUUUAAUGCCUUACAUCGAGUUAACAUCGAUGCCCCAGUUGUGCUGAUCAAGUCACCCUAUUGGUUUCUACGAACUACCUAUCAUUAAUCACAAAAUUGUUAAAAAUUAAGAACUAGAUAUUAUCAUUUAUAUGCAUGGUGUAAAAUAAAGCACUGAAACGGUACUAAAGUGUCACACAGUACAUCAAUGGAUAAAUCACUAUAUCACCUUAAAGUUUACAAUUUCAGUAUUCAUUCUUACGAUCAUUAUAUGAGUUCGUGUUUGCUGAUAGCAUUAUGAUGAUAAUGUAUCUAUACAGUAUUGUUACCCCUGUAAAUUGUUAAGUAAACGGAU